GCCGAAAUGGCCGCAUCCAGUCAAGGAAACUUUGAGGGAAAUUUUGAGUCACUGGACCUUGCAGAAUUUGCUAAAAAGCAGCCAUGGUGGCGCAAGCUGUUUGGGCAGGAAUCUGGGCCCUCAGCUGAAAAAUAUAGCGUGGCAACCCAGCUGUUAAUUGGAGGUGUCACUGGAUGGUGCACGGGUUUCAUAUUCCAAAAGGUUGGAAAGUUGGCUGCAACAGCUGUGGGAGGUGGAUUUUUUCUCCUUCAGCUUGCAAGCCAUACUGGGUACAUCAAGGUUGACUGGCAGCGAGUAGAGAAGGACAUGAAGAAAGCCAAGGAACAGCUGAAGAUCCGUAAGAGCAACCAGAUACCUACAAAGGUCAAAAGCAAAGCAGAGGAGGUAGUGUCGUUUGUGAAGAAGAACGUUCUAGUGACUGGGGGAUUUUUCGGAGGCUUUCUGCUUGGCAUGGCAUCCUAAGGAGGACAACUUCACUUUCAUUAUUCCUGUUUUUUUCCAAACCAGCAGCCUCUUCACUCCAUCAUAGGACAUCAAGUCUCUCCUGCUGCUCCUCUUCUUCCAUGACUUCCUCUCUGCUGUGGCAUAUCUGAAUGGCUUCUGUAGGCAUCUGUUGGUACAAGUUGAUACGGCCCUAUUGUGAACUUGAUGGCAACGGAAGAGACCAUAGACAUUAGCUGUUCUCCCAGCACACUCCCCACUUGACUAAUCUGUAGGUCAGCAAAAGUGUUCUUUUCCCCCUUCCAUAUAAGAUACUUAACAGAGCAUGGUAUAUAAAAUGGCUCACCUUGGAGGAUGAGUGGAUCCUCAAAGGUUGUCCCAACUUGAUUUGGAAAAGAAAUCACAAGCAUAUAGAUACCUUAUGUGCUGAAUGGAAAGGAACUGAAUACAUUUGUCUUUAAGCAUGAAAAAAAAAAAAAAA